GACGGCAGUCGUAGUUCUCUUUCAAACAAAACGAACACUAUCAUUUUUCUUUCUCUUUCGAAUAUUUUCCAAACAAACAUCAACUACUUCCCUUUCUUUCCACUUUACACCACCAAAUCGCCGCCUCCAACCUCCUCUCCUCCGCUGUCUCCUCCGUCACCUUCUCCUCCUCUCGCCGCCGUACUAACCCCUGUUUCCACCAUGGCUUAUUGAAAAAACAUAAACAUACACUUACCCUCUUCCUUUGUCGGCGGUUUCUGGCCUGAAAGAGAGAAGAAGGAAAAGAUUUUGAUUUGCUUUCUCGGUAGUUGACGACGACGGAGCAAUGGGAAUGAAGCGAGGGAAGAUCUUUAAGUCGUCGUGGCCGAGGGUUGUUGCGAGGAAGUGGCUGAGUUUUCCGGCCGAUAAGGAAGGUUUUCCGUCCAAUUUUGUCGCUCAAGAGAGAAGAAGGAGCUGCUCCGAUCAAGACCGCUGCGCCGUCGUGCCGGAAGAAGACAUCGGAGAUGAAAGUUGGAGAAUAGAGAAGACAAGUAAUGAAUCUCUUGACUUGAGGAUGUUGGUGGGAACAUGGAAUGUGGGAGGGAAGGCACCGAAGGAAGGUUUGAACUUGAGGAAUUGGCUCAACUCUCCAACUCCGAUUGAUAUUUAUGUUCUUGGGUUCCAAGAAAUCGUGCCUCUAAAUGCAGGCAAUGUGCUUGGGGCGGAGGAUAGUGGCCCUGCUGCCCAGUGGGUAUCCCUAAUCCACCAAGCCCUAAACACCCACGAUAACCAGCGGCAAGCACCCCAGAAGCCAAGGCAUAGUUUCUCCGACUUGCUUGCUUUAGAAGAUGACACUGGCAAUGGUGAAAGCAGGGUGUUCCCAACGCAGCGACGGUAUUGCCUUGCAGCAAGCAAACAGAUGGUGGGAAUUUUCUUGUGCGUGUGGGUUCGAGCAGAUCUUUACAAACACGUUUCCAAUUUGAAGGUCUCCAACGUCGGGAGAGGAGUCAUGGGGUUUCUUGGUAACAAGGGAUCUGUCUCCAUUAGCAUGACAUUGAACCAAACAACCUUUUGCUUUGUUUGCACACAUUUGACUUCUGGGGAGAAGGAAGGUGAUGAAGUGAAAAGAAACUCGGACGUGAGUGAAAUUUUGAAGAAAACUCGGUUUUCACAUUCUUGUAAAGCUACAACUGGAGCACAGCCACCUCCUCCUGAGACCAUAUUAGAUCAUGACAAGGUGAUUUGGCUUGGGGAUUUGAAUUACCGUCUUUCGACUGGGUGUGGGGAAACAGAUGAGCUUCUUAGGAAAAAAGAUUGGCAGGCACUACUAGAGAAAGAUCAACUAAAGUUAGAGCAAAGAGCUGGUCGAGUGUUUAAAGGGUGGGAAGAAGGAAGAAUAGAGUUUGCUCCAACUUACAAAUACAUCACCAAUUCUGACCAUUAUGUUGCAUUGACUUCGAACUUGAAGCCAUCCAAAGAAAAACGCCGCACUCCGGCUUGGUGCGAUCGGAUAUUAUGGAGAGGGGUAGGAAUGAAGCAGAUGUGGUAUGUUAGAGGGGAGUGUAGAUUUUCAGAUCACAGACCUGUUUACUCACUGUUUUCAGUCCAAGUUGACUUGGCAAACAAAAAUCUGGCAACUGCAAACUCCAACAUUGCUGCUCCGGCAAAACCAGCAAUCGACACUCCUUUGUCGUCUUUAUGUGCAGCUAAAAUCCAAGCUGAAGAGCUCUUGCUCAGGGAGGAGACCAUCGACACCUCCCCCUUCAGUAACUGUAACUAGCCGUCGUACUGUCACUGACCAACUUUUGGAAAGUAACCAAUGUAUAUUUGAUUUCCAAGUUUCCAAACAGCUGAUAAUUGAAAGCUGCAAGCUCAAGACUAGCUAAUCUGGCCCCCCAUCGAUCAAUCAACGGUACGUUGUGACUGAUAGAUCUCAAGUGCUUGAGCUCUCAUGCGCAUAAAUUGUGCUUUGUGGCUCAACCAUAUAUUUCAGUCUGGUGAUUCUUUUAUUUUGUUGAAGGAAAAGGAAUCGAAUCAAGCAAGAUUUGGACGAUCUGGGCGUCAAAGCUCAAAAUUUUGAUAGAGCUUCUUCUUUUUUUUCUUUUUUUUUUUUUAAUUUUUGAGAAAUUUGUAGAUAUAGGUAUGGGAAUGUUAAUGAUAAAAAGUUGGGUGGGCAGGAAAAGUGUAUAAGAAAGCUAGAAAUAUUGGGAAAUAGGAAAGAUACUGUAACUGUAUCCCUGGAUUUAUCUAUUCUAACAUGUUUAUAUUUAAUAGCAAGUUUCAUACAA